GCAUUGCAUAUCGACUUAAUAAAUACUAAUGGCUACCGUGUUUACCAAAAUAAGACGAGAUAAAAUAAGAUCCUUCUGUCAAAGUAGAUAUAGCUAGGUGGUAUAUUGUGGGAUUGCUAGCUUGUCCUUGAUCUCCUUAUGUGAUUUGUAACUUGCUGAAAUUGUCCGCUAACAAAUAUAUUUUACACUCGUCAGCGGCAUUAACGUCUUGAUAGACAGCCAUAACAGUUAGCAUUAGCAAGCUACUGUAGCUAGCCAAGUAUUUGUGCCUUGAUUGGCGCUUUAGCUAUAUUUUAAUUUAGUGUUUGAUGUCAAGUCAGCUAGCUAGUAUCGAUUACGAACAAGUAACGUUAGCUUGCUUGCCUCAAACCACAGGUAGCUAGCUAAAUAGCUAACGUUAGUCAUGUAACAGUUAGCAAACUCGACUUGCUAACUCUGGCUAGCCACACAGCUGAAUAUUUCCGUACAAUGUGAGUUGGUGCUCGCCUUGCGCAUCAGCUAGUGUUUCUUUACAAUCCGAAGAUGUACACCUUAUUAUCUGGUCUGUACAAAUACGUGUUCCAGAAGGACGAAUACUGCAUCUUGAUCCUAGGACUGGACAAUGCAGGAAAAACGACCUUUCUGGAACAGACCAAGACCAAGUUCAGUAAGAACUACAAGGGAAUGAAUUUGUCCAAAAUCACCACUACAGUUGGGCUAAACAUCGGCACAAUCGAUGUGGGCAAGGCUCGUCUAAUGUUCUGGGACCUUGGUGGUCAAGAGGAGCUUCAGUCGCUGUGGGACAAAUACUAUGCUGAGUCCCAUGGAGUGAUCUAUGUGAUAGACUCUACCGAUGAGGAGCGCCUAUCAGAAUCAAAAGAGGCCUUUGACAAAAUGAUCAGCAGUGAGGUUUUGGAAGGUGUGCCUCUCCUGGUGCUCGCCAACAAGCAGGAUGUGGAGAACUGUAUGUCUGUGCCAGACAUCAAAACCGCUUUUAGUGACUGCGCUCCAAAGAUUGGGAAAAGAGAUUGUCUGGUGCAGCCUUGCACAGCCCUAACAGGGCAGGGGGUUAACGAAGGCAUUGAGUGGAUGGUGAAGUGCGUCAUCAGAAACAUUCACCGGACACCGAGACAGAAGGACAUCACAUAGAGCAAGCCAGGACCUCCAACAACCGGGGGGUAUUCAUUAGGCACCAAAUGGUAGAAAACGGACUGAAACAGGGCGGACUAUAUGGACUUACUGUCCGAUAUGAACCGUUUUCGAUUGAAAUACAACCUUAAUGAAUACGAACGAUCCAGGCGGCAGUUUUGCUACAAUGUGAGUUUCAGAAACAAGAGAUGGACUCUACCCAAGCCCCGGCAAUUAACUUGUCUCCCUCAACUCUUAUUUGGGUGGUCUGAAAUCCAAUUUAGUUUUCAGAUGCAGCUUAGCAUCAGGGGGAAACAAUUGGGGAUACAAUUGAUUAUUGUUUAUUAUUUGGAUAUGAGGUGAAAAGCUUUUUGAGGCUUUUUCAUUUGGACCUCAGUUAAUGUGUGAAUGAUGUGUCUUUCUGAUCAAACUAUAAAAGUGUCAUCAUGUCGAUUUUUAAAGUUUCUCUCUAGCUCUAAGUACCUCCUUUUCCCUUCGGUAAUAUAAUUCCACGGCCUGUAUUCAGAAAGCAACUCUGAAUAGGAGUACUGAUCUGGGAUCAGUUUUGCCUUUUAGAUCAUAAAGAAUCAGAUUAUAUUACUCUGAAUACGGGUCUGUGUCUUCAACCCAAUGAGGCUUAGUAGUCUAUUGAAAAACAUCAUUGCUCUAAAGGCAAUACCAUGCAAUUUGUUGUGUCGCUUGUGGGUUAUUUAACAGUCAGAGGAUGAACCAUGACACAACCUUAUGAUUCUUAUUAUGCAAAGACACUACAUGUAAUGGAAUUGUACAUUGUAACAGAGGGUCAACGAUAUAUUCAUAGACAGGCCCUGUCGAAAUACUAGUUUUAGAGUUUGAAAUGCAGUGUGUGGUGUUUGUGUAUGGUUAAGUACCAAAUGGCACCCCAUAGGGCUCUGGUCAAAAGUAGUGCACUGUAUAGGGAAUAGGGUGCCAUUUGGGACACUCUCUCUUUUUACUCUGUCUAACCUGGUGACAUAUGUAAAGUAACUCCGAUGAUCAGGCUGAAAAUGUAUUUUAAUGACGUUAUGAAGAAGAUUAUGUAAUAAAACAUUUCAGAACAGUUAA